UAUCAGCAUCUCCAGUCAGUGUAGCGGAGCUGGGAGUCUGGAGGAGCAGGAGCAGGCAGCACAGAGUUCAGCGGCUCCCGUGUUCGUCCGACACUUAGCUAGAGCUGUCCCCCCCGGGAGUGGAGGUGAUGAUGGCGACGGCUGUAGAGAGAGGAGGCGUCCGGGCCGCUUUCCUGAACCCGAGCAGCGGCGGUGGCGGUGGACCAGCACCGACAACCCUCCCGACUGGAGCGUUAGCCGGGGCUGUGGUCCUGGGCUCGGGAUCCGGCAGCAUGCCUGUACCCAUGAACCUCUUUGCGACCUGGGAGGUAGACCGAUCAUCCCCAAGCUGCGUUCCGAGGCUCUGCAGCCUCACGCUGAAGAAGCUGGUCGUCCUCAAAGAGCUGGAUAAAGAGCUGAACUCCCUUUCUAUAGCUGUCAAAAUCCAGGGUUCUAAGCGUCUUCUGAGAUCAAAUGAGUACGUCCUCCCACCCAGUGGACUGAUGGAGACAGAUCUGGAGCUCACAUUCUCACUACAGUACCCCCAUUUUCUGAAGAGGGAUGCCAACAGACUGCAGAUUAUGCUGCAGAGGAGGAAACGCUACAAGAAUCGAACCAUCCUGGGCUACAAAACGUUGGCUGUGGGAGUUAUCAACAUGGCGGAGGUGAUGCAACACCCGACAGACGGAGGACAGAUCCUGGGUCUCCAUAGCAACGUGAAGGAGGCGCCAGUGCGUGUGGCGGAGAUCAGUGUGUACUCCCUCUCCAGCCAGCCCAUCGACCACGAGGAUGGUAGCGGCCAAGCUGGCCGCAAGACCAAAGCCUCAGACCGCUCACCAGACAUGGAUAACUAUUCCGAGGAGGAUGAUGACAGCUACUCGUCAGAGCAGGAAGCCAGCGAUGACGCAGUUCAUGGCCAGGAUCUUUAUGAUGAAGACGACGAGGUCAGGAAGCCGAAGAAAGCCCGGAGGAAAAUGAUCCGAACCACCUCCAUGACCAGACAACCUAACUUCAAGCAGAAGUUUGUGGCCUUGCUGAAGAGGUUCAAGGUAACCGAUGAGGUGCUGGACUCUGACCCAGUUGACCAGACCCAGGAAGUGGAGGAGGAUCUGGACUUACUCUACGACAGUCUGGAGGUGUACAACCAGAGUGACAGCGGGCCGGAGAUGGAGGACAACGAGAGCGUCUUAAGCACUCCUAAACCCAAACUCAAGCCGUUCUUUGAAGGAAUGUCUCACUCCAGCUCCCAGACAGAAAUUGGAAGCAUACACAGCCAAAAAAGCCAGCAGAGAGAGUUGUCGUGUCCUACUGGUGACUUUCUGACCGUGGACAGAUGUAAAGUGCAAGGGGCCCGGUAUCAAGAUGACAGCAACACUGAAGCAACCGUUGGGGAGCCAGAGACUGAGGACAACGGGCCGGGGCCAGGGCCAGGGGAGAUGAGCAGCUGGGAUGUCAACACUGAACGGGUGACCAGCACUGUUGGCAAGCUCUGCAAGACUGAGUCCCAAAACCAAAUGUCUCCCAGUAAAGUGGAGAACAGGCUGCAGAGGCGUCCUCGCAGCACCUCCAUGAAAGACAGACAGAACUCCAAGGCCCAGAGCGACAGGACCAGCAGCAUGGAGAGCGAGUGCUCCCCAGACUCACGACUCAUAGCACAGGUUCCCAGGAAGUCUGUGUAUGACCAGCUCAACCAGAUCCUCAUCUCUGACGAACGCCUGCCCGAGAGCAUCAUCCUCAUCAACACCAUGGAGUGGCAAGGACAGUAUGUGUCCGAGUUGCUCCAUGAACAGGGCCAGCCCAUUGUGUCUACCUGCUCUGCUGCCGAUGUUCAGGCUGCUUUCAACACCAUCGUUACUCGCAUCCAGAGAUUCUGUAACUGCAAUGCACAGACACCACCGACGAUGAAGGUGGCGGUGGCAGGCGACCAGAGUUACCUCAGCACCAUCCUGAGGUUCUUUGUGGAGCAGCUGGCCAACAAGACACCCGACUGGCUCAGUUACAUACGCUUCCUGGUGAUCCCCAUAGGUUCUCAUCCCCUGGCAAAGUAUGUGGCCUCCUUUGACAGCCGGUUCAACAGCAUCUUUAUGGACACUGCAUGGAGGGAGCUGUUCUGCAGGACGGAACGGCCCGCCUCAGACAACAUAGAUGUAGCAGGACGAGUCGUUCAGUAUCUGGUCGGAGCCAACGUGUCCCACCAGUUCCCCAUCUCAGAGGCAAUGCUCACCUACAAACAGAAGAGGAAAAGAAGUUUGUAUUUUGAUUUUUACAUCAGCCCUGAUGAGGACUCCUGUCAGAAGUUUGUGCCAUUUAUUGGGGUUGUGAAAGUUGGGAUUGUGGAGCAAAGCCUCUCAACCUCAGUGGACUCGGAUGAUGCGAUGGGGGUCAACACAAGCAUCCUGUGCUCCCCGACGCCCCCGUCAGCCGGUCCGUAUGGAAAGGAAAUUGGGGGCACCCCCCCUCAGUCUCCCUCUGUGUCCACCGCCCUCUCUGGAGCUGGCUCUCCAUGUUCGGGCAGUGAAGUGAUGGGGCUCCAGGUGGACUACUGGACGUGGCAAGGCCCAGAAAGAAGAAAGGAGGGCGAGAAGAGAGACGUGGGACUGAAGAACACGCUAAAGAGUAACUUCCGUUCUCUGCAGGUCAGCCGCCUGCCUUGUGGAGGGGAACUCACCCCCCCGCCCAGCAUGGCCAUGACUGUCGUCACCAAGGAGAAGAACAAGAAAGUGAUUUUUCUCAGCAAGAAGCCGAAGGAGAAAGAGCUGGACUCUAAGAGCCAAGUGAUCGAUGGCAUCAGCAGGUUGAUCUGCACAGCCAAGCACCAGCACACCAUGCUGAGAGUCACUAUCGAUGGAGUGGAGUGGAACGAUGUGAAGUUUUUCCAGCUCGCUGCCCAGUGGCCGACGCAUGUCAAGCACUUCCCGGUGGGAAUCUUUGGUUACACUAAGCCUGUGUGACCCCGGUCACCUCCACCACCAGACUCUCCGCUGCACUUGUCCCACCGAGAGGCUUCAGAGAAUUAGAGAAGCCAACGGGCCCCCCCGGCAGUAAUAGUUUUCCUGUGGAAAUCUUACUGACUCACAACCACGUGUUCAAUACACAAAACUUCAUGUUGUCAAUUGGAUGUUUUUGAUGUCGAUGUUGUUUGGGUGUUGUUGUUGUUGUUUUUUACACACUACAAAAAGAACAAGUACUAUUUUGUAAGAUUUGUGCUAUCGCCUCGGAGAUAUUUUGAGGUUUUAUGACAAUUUGCCACAUUUCGAUAAUGGCAGCUGUGUUUGCACUUUGUUUUUGUUAACAUUUUAUUAUUUCUGUGAAAUCCUACAUUUAUUGUUACUCUAUACGCGAUGGAGGAGUGUGAUGGUGACGUGCAGUGGCGUGUGUGAGAUUGUUUGAGACCGUGUUUGUGUUUGUCGUUGAAAGUUGGAAUAUUGCUGUGAAUCUAGAUGGAAUCCUUUUCUUUGAAACUCCGUUUUCUUACUCGUCCCUUUACUUUCUCACAAAGGUAAAUUUUUAUAGAAAGGAACGGAAAGUUCUGUUUUGCCUCGGUGCUUUUAAGACGCAUCGUGUACCGAAAGCAAAAAAAAAACCAACUAACGUAAGGUAUUUUUUAAGGUAGCUAUAAUGAAUGUAGCUAUGGAGCAUCUGUAAGAAUGUGUAAGCAAAGUGUACAUUCAGACUGUACAGUAACAUCCAGCAGGGUAACACUACACCACAAAACAUUUCAACUAUCAACAGCUGAAGGCCAAAUUUAAUUGUGACUGUAUGAACUGUCGUAUUGUUUAAAGGUCCCGAGUUGUUUUUCAGUUUCCCAGCCACCCCCGUGUUCAGCUCGAUGUACCGGCUCACAGAACUGCAGCAACUUAGCGAAUACUGGAUUUCUCCGGACGUGCAGUGACGUGCCAAAGUCAAGUUGGUUUUACAGUAUAACCACCAGAGCCCUUGGCUAGGCCAAACUUCAUAGUAUGUUGAACAGAAAACUUAAAUAGUACAUUUAAUGUAUCCGUGGUCCCUGUGGAGAUCAGUAUUUAGAUUACUGAGAAAUUCAUUUUUGACAAAUGUACAAGUUAGUGCUCCACAUUUGGCCAAAUGUAACCCCAUUAAGCAUUUGCAAGACGUGUGCACAUCCUAACCAAGCAAUUACCGCUGUGUCCUUUAUUAUAGCUUCACUGUGGCUGAGGCUAAAACAUACCGAUAGGUUGGGCGGUCAGUAAAACUACAAAUGGGUUGGACUUGAAACGUGCUUUGACGGUAACGUCGAGCACAAUGCAAGUAUUGAAUUACAUUUUAAAAUAUGAUGGCAAGUGUACGUCCAGGUCGCUGCCUGUGUGUCUGUGUUGGUGUGCUAUAUGUUUCGAUGGUACUCCCUGAAUAGUGUUACGUGAAACUUUUGCAAUAGGAACCCUUUGGACAAAGGGCGUCCUGUAUCAGUUAGCUGUUGCUUUUUUCUAAAGUGAAGACUUACAAGCGUUGAUUGGCUGGCUUUUCUUAGUGAUGUAUAUAAAUAUAUACAAGAUGUAUUAUUGUGAAUUCCCCCCCCCCCCCACCCCCACCCCUCCCACUAAAUUGAAAAGCACAAAUAGCUUUCCUUUAUUUCUUGACAUAAAUGCCAAAUAUAUUUCCAGAUUCUCAUAACUAUGAAGUUGACAUGUACAAUGCAAACCCUAUUGAUAUUCUCAUACAGUUCCCUCACUUUGUAAUGCACUUUCAUGUGGUUUUCUACCUAUUUUAGCUCAAAGUGGGACACACUUUGUUUUUGAGGUGAAGUGUUAAGAGGCGUUAUAUUUGAAAUGUAAACCACUACCUUUAGUCAAGAGAAGGCAGUUUUUUUUGUUUUGAAAAUGAACCUUUUUCAUAGGGAUGUUGUUUGUUGAUGGGUUAAGCGCCCUAUGAGGUCUGGAAAACCCCUCAUGGCUGUCUGUUACUUUAUUUUGCCACUUGAUGUUGAAAAGCUUAUUUUGCAGCUACCACCAGAAGUGUCUGCCUGUGACUACACGGUCAAGUUUUCUUGUUCCCCGUCUUCUAGUCGGGACACCAACGGGCCCUUACAGAUGUGUAACCUCGGGCUGUGAAGUGUUAGCCAGGGCAGAGUAGUUUGAGGGAGUUUGUCAUGUUAGCCUUCUAAUUACUAAACGGGCAUAAUGACGUGUGUUUCGAUGUAUUUGACCUCAAGUUUUUCUUUUCCCUAAAUCUAGAGGUAGCAUGGGGGUGUUUUACGAGACUGGAUCAAUGAGCAGGUAUGCUCACUGUCACCAUCAUUUAGCACAGCAACAAAUUAACAUCCGUUAGUUUUUGAAUAAAUGGUCAAACUACAAUUACAUGCCAUCUCAUUGCUCCUGUUACUUGAAAUGCCACCCAGUGUCUUUGCACAAACCCUAUUUUAAAUGACAUGACAGUAUUUUUAAAUUUACCACUAAAUAAAUAUGGAUUACUCUGCAUGUUUUACUAUAGAUGUAAAUAUGUUUUGGAUUUUUAUAUUGUUUUGUUUCUUUCCAUGCUCCCACAAGCAGUUGUGUUUUAAUAAAUUUUUAAUCUUCUGUACAAA